AGCCGGAAGUGAGGUGGCUGCCACUGAACGAGCCAAAGAUAAACACGUAGCUAGUCGAACAGCGACGAGGAUAAGUCUUAUUGAGCGGCUUUUAAGCGAAACAGUCGAAAUGAAGUAGCCGGUGAAUACAAACAGAUAUUACCAGGGAGAGGACAACCGUCGGACCGACAGAGGAGCGAGUCGUUCGCAGACAUUAAGGCGUAUCUACUGCUGUUUCUAAAAUGGUACGAGCAGCCUUGGUGACUGUCACCAGUCUGGCACUGACUGGGGCAGUGGUGGCACACGCCUAUCUACUAAAGCACCAGUUCUAUCCCACUGUGGUCUACCUCACUAAGAGCAGCCCCAGCAUGGCGGUGUUGUACAUACAGGCCUUUGUGCUGGUGUUUCUGCUGGGAAAGUUCAUGAGAAAGGUCUUUUUUGGACAGCUUAGGGCAGCAGAAAUGGAGCAUCUGAUCGAGCGUUCGUGGUACGCGGUCACUGAGACCUGUCUGGCAUUCACUGUGUUCAGAGAUGACUUCUCUCCUCGCUUUGUUGCCCUCUUCACACUCCUGCUCUUCCUCAAGUGCUUCCACUGGCUGGCUGAGGACCGGGUGGACUUUAUGGAACGAAGUCCUAACAUCUCCUGGAUUUUUCACAUCAGAGUGUUGUCUCUGAUGGGACUGCUGGCUGUCCUGGACUUCCUGUUUGUCAACCAUGCGUGUCACAGCAUCAUCACCAGAGGAGCAUCUGUUCAGCUUGUUUUUGGAUUUGAGUAUGCCAUCCUGAUGACCAUGGUGCUGACGGUCUUCAUCAAGUACAUACUGCACACUGUUGACCUGCAGAGUGAAAAUCCCUGGGACAACAAGGCCGUCUAUAUGCUCUACACGGAGCUCUUCACAGGGUUUAUAGUCAUAUUUUUGUAUUCUUUCCCAAAAAUAUUUGUCAUUCAAUAUGGUUUGUUUUUUUUAAACCUGACCAGGCAAUUCAAGAAAGCUGUAACAGAUGCGAUAAUGUCUCGAAGAGCUAUUCGCAACAUGAAUACACUAUACCCUGAUGCCACCCCUGAGGACCUGCAGGCUUCUGACAACGUCUGCAUCAUUUGUCGGGAGGAGAUGGUCACCGGAGCCAAGAAGCUGCCAUGUAAUCACAUCUUUCACUCCAGCUGCCUGCGUUCCUGGUUCCAAAGACAGCAGACUUGUCCGACCUGUCGUAUGGACGUCCUCCGGGCCACCAACAACAACCAGACUCCUGCUCCAGCCCAGGCUCCACCUCCGGCUCCAGCAGCACCUGCUAACGCGGCUGCUAAUGCCGCACCUCCAAACGUGGCUCCAGGCAUGUUACCAGCCUUCCCACCGGGCAUGUUCCCAUUCUGGGGACCCUUUCCUGCAGUGCCUCCCCCUCACGCCCCUCCUCCCGGUGCUGCUGCAGCAGCUGAAGCUCCUGGUGCUCCUCAUGCUCCUCAAAACGGCACAGAAGCCACACAAGGAGCAGGUAGCAGCCAGCUCACAUCAUCUGCGGCCGACACCUCCACGGCAGCCCCGGCUCCAGGAACGGGCUUCCCGGGAUUCCCGUUCUCCUUCCCUCCUCCUCCCUUCCCUACUGCACCCUGGCUGCCCAUGCCACCCCCUCCUCCUCCUUUUGUAUCGUCGAUGCCUCCCCCUCCUCCUUCUCUGUCCCAGAUGUCUGAGGAGGAGUUGAGGGAGUUGGAGGCCGAAGGCCGCCGUGGCCUUGAAGCCAGGCUUCAGUGUCUCCAAAACAUCCACACCCUGCUGGACGCCGCCAUGCUGAACAUCCACCACUACCUCAGCACUGUUGCCACGCUCACGCCUCCUCCAACUCAGAGCAGCACCGGAGAAACCAGUGGCACCAACAACACGGCCUCGUCCUCCGCAGCUGACAGCGGCAGAACUGAGGGUGCAGCUCAGGAGGAGGAGGACGCCGCCAGCUGUGAGAACAUAAACGGUGCCGCAGCCUCGUCUCCACCGGAUGUCUCCACACUCACUGCCUCGGAAGGUGAAGGAGAGACAGAAGGGAUGGAGGAACACGCGGUAGGGGACGGGGAACCAAACACUGCCGAACUUCGGCGUCGCCGCCUUCGCAAGCUGGAGUCGGGGUCGUCAUCGUCACCCCCCGUAGACAACUGAUCAGUGAGUUCUGGCUUUGGACCAACAGGAACUGAAUGUUGUUGGAUCUUCUGUUCGGUCUUUUUUUUUUCCUUUUCCUCUGUUUCUCGCUGCUCUUGCCUUCCGCCGACUCAGGUCUUCGAACUGCGCAGUUGAGACUCUGGAUCCUUUAGCAAUCGUGAUAUCAAAGCAAUAUCACACUUUUGUUUCAUGACCUUCAAGCCAGGGUCGGAAGAAGAACUCUUCAGUCCAUGUGUUGAGAGAAGGUGUUUGGGUUCGUGUAGUAGUUCACUGUUGGUGACAUCGUGGUCGUCCACUCGGCUCUUUUUUCAAACUCGGUCCGGUCUAUAAAACAACAUCUUGUUACACAGAAAAACCGAGGCUACGUUCACACUGCAGGUCUUGUUACUCAGUUGUUUUUUUUUUGUUGUUCACGUCAUAGUUUUACAUGUUAAACCUUCGUCAGACUCCAGAGUGAAGAGUCUACAACUCUGCGAGUGACCCACAUUUACACAAGUUCAUAUGGAUGUUACACUCUCCACACGGCUGGGUCUGCCACAGACCACUCUUCCUGGAUGUGUCCACAUGAAUGCAGACCUCUGGGGACUAAAGCCCAAUGACAUCAUCCUUCCUGAUCGUUGGGAUGAUCAUCCAGACUGAAGUCACUUUGGAUCUGAUUUAGGACCACAUGUGAAAGUGGCCUCAGUCAGAUUUGAGAAGAAGUAGGAUUAGUGGUGUAAACACCAUAACGUGGGUAAAUAAAUCAGACAUGGGUCACGUGUGGGUUGGUAAAUGUUUGCGUUAGUUUUUUUGUUUGUUUUUUUGUUGCCUGAGGUGUGAACAUCGCUUUAGUUUAAGUUCAAAUUGAAACUAAAGAAUAGAGUUAAUAUACUGUAGAAUAAAUCAUCAUGCAAUUCAACACAUUCAUAUAUUUUCUGAUCUUUUUCAACGAUUCUCUGAAUCCUGGAACUCGCUCCAAAAAUGGUUGUAAAAUAAGUAGCUGCAUCUUUUUUUCUUUUUUUUUUUAAAUUUGCUUUUACUUCCAACCUUCUCCAUUCUUCAGUUUCUCAUCACUGUAUCUGCAGAUGGUGUGACAUACAGAGCUAUUUGAAUGUGUACAUACUGUAUAGACUUUUAAUAGGAUGAUCUGUACAUAAUGCAAAAUAAAAAACACUUUGAAACAAGUGUGGCGACGACA